AUGUCAAUAGCCCUAAAGCAGGUUUUCAAUAAAGACAAGACUUUUCGGCCCAAACGCAAAUUUGAGCCUGGCACGCAGAGGUUUGAACUCCACAAGAGGGCACAAGCCUCUCUGAACUCUGGGGUGGACCUGAAGGCGGCAGUGCAGCUGCCCAGCGGGGAAGACCAGAACGACUGGGUGGCUGUUCACGUGGUAGACUUCUUCAACCGGAUCAACCUGAUCUAUGGCACCAUCUGUGAGUUCUGUACUGAGAGGACCUGCCCCGUGAUGUCGGGGGGCCCGAAAUAUGAGUACCGGUGGCAGGACGACCUGAAGUACAAGAAACCCACUGCACUGCCAGCCCCCCAAUAUAUGAACCUUCUCAUGGACUGGAUUGAGGUACAAAUCAAUAAUGAAGAUAUAUUUCCUACCAGUGUAGGUGUUCCAUUCCCUAGGAAUUUCCUUCAGAUCUGCAAGAAGAUUCUAUGCCGCCUUUUCCGUGUAUUUGUGCAUGUCUACAUCCAUCACUUCGAUCGUGUGAUUGUGAUGGGUGCAGAAGCCCAUGUCAACACAUGCUACAAACAUUUCUAUUACUUUGUCACAGAGAUGAACCUCAUAGACCGCAAGGAACUAGAGCCGUUGUUGCUCCAGAAGAUCUGGGGUCUCAUCAAUGUGGGUACCCUCAACCGGGGAGAUCACAGCCCAUGCUGUUUCCAUGUGAUGCGACUCUGCUACGUCCUCCUAUAA